CUGUACUGAACCUCACUCAUUAGCAUUUAAUAAACAAACACAUAAUAAAUAAAAAGAGAAAAAAAUGGUGUCAAGAUUUCAAAGAAGAAUGGCAUUGCGUAGAAAGCUUCACAUUCUAAAAAAUCUUACUUCCUCUAAAUCUGUGAAAAGAAGCUCUAUUAUUGCAGAUGCCAUUCUUUACAUUUACAAGCUCAGUCUCAAGUUGGAGGCUAUUAAAAGAGAACUUUCAAUUUUAGAGGCCAUCAAAAGAGAAUACUUGCAGCACUUGCCCAAGAGGGAAGUGAAGGUAGAGGAAGCUGGAAAAGGUUUUUUGGUGAAGGUAAUUUGCGAGAAGGGAGGAGAUAAGCUGGUGCCAAUAUUAGAGGUUUUUGAAAAAAUGGGGUUAAUAGUGUUGAAUGCUAGAGUGACAUCAUGCAACUUAUAUUUUGGGUUGGAAGCCAUUGUUGUAGCAGAAGAAGAACAGUGUGGUUUAGAUGUGGAUAAUGUUACUCAACAAAUUGUAGAAGCCAUAGAUAGGCAUGUAAAAGUAAAAGGAAUAUAGCUAGAGAUAGUUAAUUAUCUUAUCAUUGUAAGGAGUUGAUUAAUGUCUCUUUAAGUAAUCUUAUUGUUCUAUUAGCCCUUA